UUCAUCCUCCCCUCUUUUCUCUCUUGCCUUCCUUCUCUCUCUCGCGUCCGCGCAAUCCCAACUUUUUUUCUUUUGUGUUUUUUAGUAUACCUCCUUCCUGCAAUUGUUGCUCUCUAAAUGUUGCGCGCGGGUGCAAAGCUGGCUACUUGGCUGACGCUCAUCGGUGGGGGUGCUGCCGGAGCCGCCGUCGCGACCUCCGAGGAUCCGUUCUUGACGAUGAAAGUAUGCACCAUCGUUCCAGUGCGACUCCUCCGCGAUUUCAUCACCGCUGCCACCAUCGUCAUGGAUUAUGAAUAUUCUACAAUGGGACUUAAGCAAGGAAGCGUAGAGUGGUCACAAGCCAAGCAUGAAGCCCAUGAGAGAUCUGCCCUUAGGCUUCGAGAAUUAUGCUUCCGCAAUGGGGGAAUUUAUAUAAAGCUUGGCCAACACAUUGGUCAAUUGCAAUAUCUUGUCCCACGAGAAUAUGUAGAGACAAUGAGGACUUCCAUGUUGAAGAGAUGCCCAGUUUCCUCAUAUAAUCAAGUGCGAGAAGUUUGUAUGCAAGAGCUUGGAGGACCACCUGAGCAAAUUUUUCUGGAAUUUGAUCCAGUACCACUGGCCAGUGCUUCACUUGCGCAAGUCCAUGCUGCUAAAACUCACGAUGGAAGAAAAGUGGCCGUUAAGGUUCAGCACACUCACUUGACAAAUACUGCUGUUGCAGAUAUUGCUACUGUUGACUUAAUAGUGAGUUUCUUGCAUUGGUGUUUCCCCUCAUUUGACUAUAGGUGGUUGGUGGAUGAAAUACGUGAAAGUGUUCCAAAGGAGUUAGAUUUCUUAUGUGAAGCUAAGAACAGCAUAAAGUGUUUGGAUAAUUUUAGAAGGAUGUCUCCUCAUAUAGCAGAAUAUAUUUAUGCCCCCAAGGUCUACUGGGAUCUUAGUACUUCGAAACUCUUGACAAUGGAAUUUAUGGAUGCUCCCGAAAUACUGGAUGUGAAUGCAAUUAGGCAACUUGGAGUUCAACCGAUUGAUGUGUCAAGAUUAGUCAGCCAAGCUUUUGCAGAGAUGAUAUUUAAGCAUGGUUUUGUGCACUGUGACCCACAUGCUGGCAACAUGAUGGUGCGGUCUUUGCCAUCCAGUAAAUGGAAUAUAUUUGGCAGGAGAAGGCCACAAUUGAUACUACUUGAUCAUGGUUUGUACAAAGAGCUAGAUUUUGAAACCAGAACAAAUUAUGCUGCUCUUUGGAGGGCCCUAAUUUUUUCUGAUGCUAAUGGAAUCAAAGAAUAUAGCACAAAACUGGGUGCAGGUGAAGAUCUGUAUGCACUUUUUGCAGGAAUACUUACGAUGAGACCAUGGAAUAGGGUAAUUGACCCAGCUGUGGAUCACCUGGUUCUAGAAGGGAAUGAUGGAGAGCAGUCAGAACUUCAGGUUUAUGCAUCACAGUACUUCCCUCAGAUCUCAGAGCUGCUCAGAAGGCUGCCACGUGUAAUUCUGCUAAUGCUCAAAACUAAUGACUGUAUAAGAGCUGUUAACUAUUCAUUGUUACAAGGGUCAUCUCUUGACACAUUCUUGAUCAUUGGAAGAGUUUCUUCGAAAGUGGUAGUAGAAACCAAAAGAAAAUUGCAGAAAAAUCUUUUGUCAUCCCCCAUUAUAUGGUUUGAGGGUAUGCUGCUGCAAGCUCGAUUACUCUGUAUGCAGAUUGCUUUGUGGAUUCUGCAGCUGGAGAAGCAGUGGAAAGUCAUGUUUGGGUGAGGAAUGAAAUUCUGCCAAUGUUUGUAUUACUACUUUCAUGGUUGCUGAGGGCAUCAGUCCCAGAAGACUAAAGAGGCUCCAGCUUCUCUUUUCCUUCAUAAUUUCUUCAGUGUGUUACAGUGGCUUACAUGUAAUACAUUCUUUCAAUAACUUUUUGGUUUAGGCUUGAUAUAGAAGGGGCAAUACCUCAAAGGUUUGGAAAAUGCCCUGUCUGUUUUAGUGAAGUGAAAAUAAAAUUUUUCAAGUGAGGCCUUUUUAAGAGUUUGGUUGUGAAUGAACUACAAUCUAUUUGCACAAGCGGUUUUAUUUUAUAGCAUUUUUGUGAAUUCUUCCA